AUGGCUGUAAAAGUUUGUUUAUUUGUUUCAAAUAAACUCGCUAACCUGAGAUUCCGAAAAAUAUAAAUCAUUCAACGUUGACGACUUGCCAAGUGAAGAGCUCUGAAGAAAAUAUAAAAUAUCUUUUUUCGAUAUAUUUAUUAUUUAGUUGUAAAUUUUUUCAACGAUCGAAUUAAAUAUGAAAUACUUAGUUGCAUUAUUAGCUGUCGUUUGUAUGUGUGCUAUGUUCAUGCCAAUUGCUAGCGGUCUAUCGUGUUACAAAUGCGCCUGGACGGAUUCAACUUGCACGAUGAACUUGGAUACCUCUAAAGUUAAGUCUGUGCCAUGUGCUGGUUCAGCUGCACCCGGUGGUGCUAAUCCAGCUGCACCCGGUGGUGCUAGUCCAGCUGCACCCGGUGGUGCUAGUCCAGCUGCACCCGGUGGUGCUGCUACUACCAAAGCUGCUGGCAGUGCUGUUACCACUAAAGCUGCUACUACAAAACCAAAAGUGAUGCGCUCCCAACAACUCUUCUCCCAGUUAGCAGAGUCAGAAAAAUAUUACUGUUUCUCGAUUCUCGUAAAACAAAAUGGAACUACUACUGUGGAACGAGGUUGCAAGGCCGACAACAAAACCGACAACUGUUUGAUUGCUGCAGACGUUAAAAAGUCGAAUCCAACUGCUGUACUCAAUGAAUGUACCGUAUGCCAAAAAGAUAAUUGCAACGCUAAUGCCGGAGCUUAUUCCUUAACAGGAUCUGCGCUCCAGUACGUCGUUGUUUCUGCCAUUUUAAUCGGUCAAAUAUUUCUCCAAGCGAAAUGAUUUAUGACUUAGAUUAAGUAAAAUGCAUGUACUGCUAA